AUGUUUACAUUGCACCAUAUAAUUCCUGUUCCAUUUCAACAUGACAACACAUUUCGAGCAAUAACAACGCCAUAUCAGUAUAUUGCAUUGAACAAACGACAAGACAGAUAUUAUAUGUUAACACCUCAACUAUAUGCACAAUGCUUGCAGUUCGAUGGAAACGUAAUUAUUUGUAAACAAAAAUAUCCAGUCUAUACUGUACAACAGGACGAGGCAUUAUGUGAAAUGGCAAUUCUUACUCAUGCAUCAAAAGAAAUACCGCCUCGAUGUCAUACAACUAUAAUGAAGAAAAAUCAAGCGUGGUCUAAAUUAAUAACGCCUAAUAGUUUUAUAUUUUCAGUACAAAACAAAAGCAUAUUAAAUAUGAUAUGCAAAGACAGCAUAACAUCAUGCACUGUGCAAGGUUCUGGCAUAAUUGCUAUUUCUCGGCAAUGCAUGAUACAAACAGAGAACCUUGAAUUUGCCUCCGAAAAUAUUUAUGAUGAAGACCAGCCAAUCAUUAUAACUCCAGCAUUGAAUGCUACUACAGAUAUUGACAUGGAUAUUGAUCAAUUGAUUCAACAACCCAUGGAGAGUUUUCCAACGUAUAACAUAUCUAAUGAAUUGAAUAAUUUGCAAGCAGCAGUUUCAGAUCAAAGAAAAAUUCUUCAACACCCAGCGGUUAAUACUCAUCACAUACACCACUAUACAUUGGUGUAUAUUAUCAUAUUCGUGUUAAUAACUGCAGCAAUUUGUAUUUUCAUUAAAGAGCAUUCAAAGCGGAAGAAAUUCAUAAUAAACAACGAUGAAAAGAAAAUAAGUCAAGGUGAUGUGCAAUUGGAGCAACCUAGCACUGAAUUACGAUUCGCAUAA